GUUGAGGAGAUCAGAGGCUGUAUAGAAAAGCUGUCGGAGGAUGUGGAGCAGGUGAAGAAGCAGCACAGCGCCAUCCUGGCCGCACCCAACCCUGACGAAAAGACCAAGCAGGAGCUGGAAGACCUCACAGCUGACAUCAAGAAGACAGCCAAUAAAGUUCGCUCAAAAUUAAAAGCAAUCGAGCAGAGCAUCGAGCAGGAGGAAGGUCUCAACAGAUCAUCAGCGGACCUCAGGAUCCGCAAGACACAG